AGGCCUUAGCUCACCCCCCGUUCAAGUCUUCCCUGAGAAGGGGGAAAUAGGAUGCGCCACGGUGGACGAUCCCUCUUCUAUUUCUUUUAAUGGGCAUCUUUUAGUCCCCAAUCAGUUUGCCAGUCUUGGCUGAUUCCCCGAUACCGGUCAAACCUCAUGGGCCCGUGUAAGUACGGUUCGAACUUUCUUCCAGUUCCAGCCCUCUUGCAGGCAUACCCUCUUCUGGGCCCCUCUUCCAGGUGCUUUUACAUCUCCCUUUCUCCUUUUUCUUUUGUCAAUGUUUGCACAUGCAUGCCCUGUUCAGCUGUUCCAUCCAAUCUUUUGCUCUAAUCUUCCCUUAAUUUUGAUGGAGGAGAAAAACCCAAUAAUAUAGCUCGCACAUGGGGGUCAAUCAAUGACGCCAUAGGCAAUUGUGACGGUGAUGACAGACCUCAGUGACGGUGGCAAUGGACAUUUCAGUGUAGCAGACGGAGAAGAUGAAGACCUGCGUGCGGUGCAAAUACACGAAAUGGCUAAAUUGCAAGUCCGAUCAAGAGAAUCUGCGUUGGAGCUGCAACGCCUAGGUCCACUUGGCCAACUUUUUUGUGGUGCGGCACUCCCGCAGCCUGCUCUUCCAUGGUUGACUGUCCUGACGCCGUGGACAACUCCCGGUUCCAAUCUCAGAUCUACUAUUUCGUCGUGCGAGAUAUGUUCUCGCAGGGGAGGUAUAAACGACAGUGAGGCGGGAGAUGAGUGCGAGGACGAUAACGUCGAGGAAGAUCCAGAGGAGGAAGGUGAUGAUGCGGAAAUGGAGGCUGAGGAGGAGAAAUAAGAGGUGGAUUUGGAUAAUGUUCACGUGGUUUCGUGGUCAUCCACGGCACCGUGUCCGCCGCCGGCAGUUUCUUCAUCGAGCAGCGAUGUCUCGUUCUCCAAUCUUGAAAAUCUGUCGCCGUAAUUACUCCUCCCGGCCGCACCUUGGCGGCAUGAUGCCAGCAGCUCUCAGGAAUGGCAUUCAUUUGAACAAAGGGCCUUCGACGGU